AUGAACGACGUCCUCCUCAACUCCGUCCACCCUCUCCCCUCCAUUCGGGUCAAGCCCUCCAACGUCCCCUCGGCGUCACUCAAGCCCGGCCGCUCCUCGUCCAUUAAGAAGCAACAACAGCAACAGCCACAACCACCUCUUAAUGCCGCUUUCGACUCCGUAUCCCGUGCAAUCAAAGGCGCCAACAACCUCGUCCUGUCGUUGCGCGAUGGAUUGUCCGAGCUGGAACGGGAGAAUAGGAGGAAAAAGGAAGAACGGAGGCUAGUCCUCUCUGUUCACAUGAAGAAUGCCCAGACCAGGAAACAGUGGCAGGACGCCGCUGAAGAACUCGACACCCUCGAGGAGAACGACUUGUGGAAACUGGAUCCAUACAGCGGGGACUAUAACUAUGCGCUGAUCGAGGCGCGGCUGAAAGAAUUAGACGAUGCGCGCAUAAACUGCGACACUCGUGCCAUGAUGCACCUUGUACGGACCGCCCUCUGUCGCGAUCUCGGGGGCAUGGGAAACGUCGACUUGUACAGGCACUCCUACGUGGGCACCAAGAGCCUCAUCGAGAGGUACGUCGACUCGGCCAUGCAGACCAUCGACGCCCUCGUGGAAAAGAGCCAAUUCGCGUUGCCCGAGGGCAUGGGACAGAGGGACAUACUCGAGAGCGUCUUGUACGCUCGUCAGAGCUUCGGCCGGAGCGCGCUGUUGCUCAGCGGCGGCGGGACAUUGGGUAUGUCCCAUAUUGGAGUCCUCAAGGCUCUCUUCGAGGUCAAGCUGCUGCCGCGCAUCAUAUCGGGUGCCUCAGCAGGCUCCAUCGUCUCGGCCGUUAUUUGCACAAGAACAGACGAGGAAAUCCCCCGUCUUGUAAAGGAGUUUCCCUACGGUGACCUGGCCGUCUUCGAUGCCGAGGAGAACCCGGACGGUGUGUUUGACCACAUGCGGAGGCUGCUCACCGAGGGAAGCUGGUCCGAUAUAAAGCAUCUGACCCGCGUAAUGCGAGGUUUGGUAGGAGACCUCACUUUCCAGGAGGCGUACAACCGAACGCGACGGGUACUCAACAUCUGCGUUUCGACCGAGUCCAUGUACGAGCUCCCGCGUCUCCUAAACUACAUCACGGCGCCCAACGUCAUGAUUUGGUCUGCUGUGGCUGCUUCAUGCUCCGUCCCGCUGGUCUUUAGUGCCGCCCCCUUAUUAGUAAAGAACCCAGAUACCGGCGAGCACAUGCCUUGGAACCCGACACCGCAGCGAUGGAUCGACGGCUCCGUCGACAACGACCUGCCCAUGACGAGGCUCGCCGAGAUGUUCAACGUGAACCAUUUCAUCGUCUCCCAGGUGAAUCCUCACGUUGUCCCGUUCCUGGCGCGUGAUGAUCAGCUUGAUCCCGACGACACUGCGGCGCGCCGGUCGAGUCUGUCGCCCAGCAAGCAGGAGCUUGAUUGGGUUUAUACCCUGACAGCUCUCGCCAAAGAGGAGGCCUUGCACCGGUUGCACUUCCUGGCUGAGAUUGGGGUUUUUCCGAACCUCGUCACCAAGAUUAGGAGCAUUCUCAGCCAGAAGUAUUCCGGCGACAUCAAUAUCCUCCCCGAGGUCAACGUGCACGAUAUCCCAAAGAUCUUGAGCAACCCCAGUCCCGACUUCAUGCUGCGGGCCUGUCUGAUGGGCGAGCGCGCAACAUGGCCGAAGCUCAGCCGAAUCCGCGACCGUUGUGCCAUCGAGCUCGCACUGGAUCGUGCCGUCCAUCGCCUGCGUGCUCGUGUCGUCUUCUCCGAUAGCCAGGUGGACUUACGGAGGCUUACUACGGGUAUCGUCCUGCCGCCGCCCUGGCCCAAGUCCUCCGCAGCUGCGAAGCAGACGUCUAACGGUGCUCCGGCUCUUACUCUGGACACUGAAGUCGUCAGGAACCGACAGCGCAGGUGUUCCGGCAGCAGCGUGCAGCUCAUGGCGCACCACCGACGUCUGAUGGAAAAUGUCCUCACGGAUGAAGAAACGGAAGAGGAAGAGCGGUUGGAGAUGCGUGCGAGACAUGGUCACGGAAGUGCCUCGCCGGUCAUCGUCCGCAAGCCCCGUCUCAAGAGAGCGGCAAAGAGCCACUACAACGUUUCACUGGUGAGAGGCCCGAUGACUAGCCCGAUAAACCCGGCGCAGCUCGAGGCCGUCGAGUUCGACUUUGGGAAGCCUGUGACACCCCCGUUGCCGCGAUCACGUCACUCGGAAGGCUCACUGUCUCAGAACAGAAGACCGAGUUACCUUGACAUGACACCGGCCAAGGAUGUCGCGGCGCCUGGAUCGAGAGGAGAGGCGACUUCGCACACGGACGAGAUGGAGACCUCGGACCUGCAUUCUUCUGACGGGGACGUGGAGUCGCACACCGAGGACACAAUGUCCGACCCUGACCCGUACGAGCGGAACUGGAUGCACGAUGGAACGGGCGAGCUGGAGACGACUCCCAAAAGCGGUAAGGACUUGCUCGAGAUCAGCAGCCGCGAGCUCGUGCCUGUAGACGGGAGGGUGAGCUCCUCAGACGAGGAAAAGAAGACAGAGAAGGGCAAAGAACUGGCCGAAGAUACGCCUGGGGAGGAAGAUGAUGUCCUCAGGUCCAACUGGAUGAGCUGGGACUAG